CCGCCGGCCGCCGCGCCUGAGGCAGCGCGAAUCCCUGACGCGGCCGCUGUCCCUGUGGUCCGCCCCGUCCGUCGAGUCCCGCGUGGAGAUGGCAGACGACCUCGGAGACGAGUGGUGGGAGAACCAGCCGGCGGGAGUGGCCAGCAGCCCAGGGAGGACGUGGACAGGGCUUCAGAGAGGGGAAUGCAACUUGAGGAUGUGUGAUUCAGAAGCAUCAGAUGGUGAAGGAGGAGGAGACACAGACAUGACACAGCAGAAGACAGCUCCACUUCCUGCCCCCUCAAAGAAAGCCCAGCAGCCUAAAGAAUGUUUCUUGAUACAACCAAAGGAAAGAAAAGAAGAUGCCACCAAGACCAGGAAGAGGAAAAAGAAGAAAAUUACUGAUGUUCUUGCAAAAUCGGAGCCCAAACCAGGGACCCCUCAAGACCUACAGAAGCUGAUGAAGGACUAUUACAGCAGCAGUCGCUCGGUGAUUGAGUUAGAAGAGCUAAACCUCCCAGACUCCUGUUUCCUCAAGGCCAAUGAUUUGACUCAUAGUCUUUCAUCAUACCUAAAAGAAAUCUGUCCUAAGUGGGUAAAACUUUGGAAAAACCACGGUGAGAAGAAAUCGGUCCUGUUGCUAAUCAUCUGCAGCUCUGCUGUCCGAGCCCUGGAGCUUAUUAGGUCCAUGACAGCUUUCAGAGGAGAUAGCAAAGUUGUGAAGUUAUUUGCAAAGCACAUAAAGGUCCAGGAGCAGGUGAAGUUGCUGGAGAAGCGUGUGGUCCACCUGGGUGUUGGAACUCCAGGGAGGAUUAAGGAACUCAUUAAACAAGGUGGCCUCGAUUUGAACCCCUUAAAGUUCCUGGUUUUUGACUGGAACUGGAGAGAUCAGAAGUUGAGGAGGAUGAUGGACAUUCCUGAGAUAAGAAAGGAGGUUUUUGAACUUCUGGAAAUGGGAAUCCUCAGUCUGUGCAAGUCAAAAUCUUUGAAGCUGGGCCUUUUCUAAGUCUAAUGAAAAUUCCAGUUUCCAUGGUGGGAUUUGCAUCUUGUUUAAUGGCUCUGGCACGUUGCAAGCACUCAGAAAAUACCAGCUAUUGUUUUCUUAUGUUAACAGCAUCACCAGAUAGAUGACAGGGAGCGUAUGAUGGGGAUUCUUUCACCAAAAUGGGUCCGUCCUAUGCCAACUCCCUUGUAUAAUAAAGUAUCAUUGGCUUGUGUGA